GUACUCUUGCUUCUCAGAUGAUCGUGGUGGUGGCACGGGGCGGUUGGUGCGUGUUGUUGUCGUACGCCGAGUGUUGGUGAAGCUAUCAGCAGCGGUCUGGCUACUUGGUGAAUUACUGGGGUUGUAGACAAGCGGUUGGAUUUAUCUGCUGAACCCCAAGUGCAGCAUCGAGUGCCUCUGCGACCUUGUGUCCACUUUAGUGGCACCGUCAGCACCACCACCCCCCAGGAUUACCCAGUGCCGCGGUUUUAGUUGUCACGCCCACGUUCUCACUACAGUUUCAAGAGGGGUUGUGACGCCCAGGGUUCUUCAGUAACCCCUUCAAAGAGGAGAUACUGUACUUUAUGAAUCCACAAGUGAUGAGUGUAGAGAAAUAGAGAGCGAGAGACGGGUGACAAUGACAGUGACUGUGGGCGAUAUAUCUAUGAUGUCAACUUCUGUGUGUGUUCCGAUCAAGGACUCUGUGAGCCCUAAAGUGUUAAAGAGGAAAUACCUGCUGAAGGUUGUGGUUCCAGCCCUGGCGACGAGGGUCUUCUCACCGCGGCCGGCCUCGGCUAGUCUCAGUGUACCCGUGAAGAAAAUGAAGGCGAACAAUUCGGAGAUAACGAGUUGGAAAUGCCAACAUGAAAUGACAUUGCCGAUAUUGACGGUUAAUGGAGAAGUUGUCAAUUUGGAUAACGAGGAUGAACCGCCCUCGCCUUCUGGAUUGGGAUUGGUAGGUCAGGCGUCCAGUCAUCUCCUGGCACCUCAGCAGUUCACUCCAGUUUCUGAAACCGAGACGCUGCCCCUGCCCGUCUCCCCGAGCAUGACUCAUAAAAAGAAAGUGUCUAGCCCUAGAUUUUUCAGGAAGAAAAGUGCCAAACCGCUUGAUGCUCCGUCAGUCCCGCUCCUGACACAGGGCGGAACCCACACCGGCCCUGAGGACUCGUCGGGAUGUUCCUAUUACCAAGACUGGAGCCAAGAGGCGCGUCCCUCUGACCCGCCUUCACAACUCGCCAUGGCAGGGCAUGACCACCAGGCGCCAGCUCCUCAGUCCAGCGAGGAAGACAGUGCACGUCCCGAAGGUUUAAAAAAGAAAAAGAAAAGUUUUCGUAAUAUUUUCCCGUUAAUAACACACAAGAGCGGGAAUGACAAGUGCCCCGAGCCAGAGCCAACUGAUCAAUCCCCUUCAGCCUUUGAACAAGAAUUGGCGGAUCAGGAGAACCAGUCGCCCAACGACCCGGAGUUCGUCCGUCGGGCGUCGCAGCGCUGGCAGCGGAAGACAGGCGCCGUCAACUGUCAGUAUCUCCAGAUGUUCAGCCCCUUCGGGUGUCGAGACCACGUGUUGCCCGUCCAGUACACCAAGUUCCAGUGGCCCACCAGCCCCAGCCAGCAGUCGGCGUUCCAGCGGCGUGUGUCUCCCGUCCACUAUGUAGAGUCCCUUUUCCCAGCGUCCCCUACCCUGCCUGUGCAGGGGACGUCUCCAGCAAGCUCUCCCUUCUCGAGGUCGAGCAGGCUAUAUUCCUCCAUGAUCGAACGAUCAGCUGAGCUACAAGAGUCUCCGUUCCAAAGAUCAUCACAUUCUUACUCCUCUGUGAUGAUGCCAAGUAAAUGUCAGCGGAAAACAUCUUGUCCUGAGCCUAGCAAGACUGAGCACAGCAGCGACAAGACCUCGGUCAAGACAAAGAAGCCCAGCAUCCACAUGCCCUUUGUCCGACGCUCCUUGACCCACGUAAGGAAGCUGUCUAAGACUCGUCAGCUUAAAGUCCCGCCGAAGCUUUCCUUGGAUGACAGUGUGGCGGCGGAGGUGCGGAGGGUGGCGAUGCGGGAGGAGCUGCAGGUGGCCAGGCAGGCGCUACUCAACCGCCUCAGCGUCAGGAUACGCGGCACUCUCCAGGUACCCCAGCGCAAGACGUCACAGUCAUCGCUGACCGUCACACCGACCGUCACCUCCUCCGCCUCCUACCAGAGCUACCUCUGCUCCCUCUCCGGGCUCUCCAGGGACUCCUCCUUCUCCAGCUUCUCCUCGAUGUCGCCGUCUGCCUCGCCGUCACAUUCCUCAACGUCCCUGUCGUCGCCACAGUCAUCGACGUCACUGUCGUCGCCACAGUCAUCGACGUCACUGUCGUCGCCUUCCUCUUCGUCACUGUCGUCGCCACAGUCAUCGACGUCUCUGUCGUCGUCAGCGUCGCAUGGACACUUAACCUUACAAGACAUCUUUAUUGCCGAGCCCAAGAUUGCUGAAAAAUAUGCGAUCAUGUUCCCGACGGAGCCCCGCCCGGAGUGGCAUCGUCACCUUCGCCACGUCAUCCACAAGGCGGGCCAAAAGAUCUUUAAGAAACCCGAGCAACACGACACCACCAUCCCAGAUAACCUUCGCUAUCAACUCAAGUAUAUCUACGUCUACUAGCCAGCGACCCACCAUAAGGGCGCCAGAUUCUAGGGAUGAAGUCUUCCUUCGGCCAAGCGUGAAUUUCUUCAAGGAAAGCUUAUCUGGUUCCUCCCGCGCAGUCUUUGAUCUCUCGGAGCAUUUACCAGGUCCUUCGGGGGCACUUGUAAUGUAACCUUUGGUUACGGUUGAUCAAUUCCUGGGAGCUGUGCCCUGGGCAUGAGGAGUCUUAACCUGUACAACAUUCACCGCACAUCUUCCCACACAUCACUCAUGACUGAGUGUUUCAUUAUAUAAUGACCACAUUGUUCACCAUCAUCCUUACGGUCUAUUCAUGCCCGUGCCACCUACGGGUGGCUUAAUCUUCAUCCAUCAAUCACCGUCAUCCACAUCUCACGACAUCGCCGCCUCAUCCGUCUUCCAGAAGGUUUCUCCCGUGUCACAAUUUGCUCAUCACAUGUCAUAACUAAUUGUCAUGAUACAAUGAGCCACAACAAAUCGGAGAGUCAUGCCAUUUUCAGAUACAAUUGUGUAGUGUUCAUAUGCCAUUGGCUCCCCCCCCCUCACUCCCCUCCCCCCCCCCCAACAUCACCCCUCCCCAGGCCCUCCCCACCCCUAAUGAUGUGCCAAUUUUAAGUUUUAAAUUCUAAAAAAAAAAAAAAAUAGGCCAAUCGACGGCAGACUCUUCUGAACUGUUUGAAAAGAUUCAAGAAUGUAUUAUGUAUGGAAAGUUGAUUCUUGCAUUUGCCAUAUUUGUGUAUUUAUGAUUGAAUUAAUAUAUGAGGCUUAGCCAUAGCCAAUACCCACUGUCUUGUAUGUUCAAUAUUUGAUAUGAAUGUAUUUGUUGGUGUAAGGAUUUGGACUCAAAUAAUAAAACUAUAAAUUCAUGUUAUAAUAUUUUCAUGACUGUCAUGGUGAAUUUCCAUGACUCUUAUUGCCAAUAUCAACACUCCUGGCACUCCUAGCACUGUGGCUCAGAGUGUCAGUACAUCAGCGAGCCUCCUUACUGGAGGUGGACACAGUACGAGACUAUAACUCUCAGAGGCUCUAGCAAUGCCACUAAACUUUCGUUUUUGCAAACAGAAUUGCUAGAGACUUUAGAAUUGUUGUUAAAGUUUCUUGGAUCCAGUCUUGGGUCUGGCUCAAGAUGCAGUCCUGGUCUGGCUCAAGAUGCAGUCUGGGGUCUGGCUCAAGAUGCAGUCUGGGGUCUGGCUCAAGAUGCAGUCUGGGGUCUGGCUCAAGAUGCAGUCUGGGGUCUGGCUCAAGAUGCAGUCUUGGGUCUGGCUCAAGAUGCAGUCUUGGGUCUGGCUCAAGAUGCAGUCCUGGUCUGGCUCAAGAUGCAGUCCUGGUCUGGCUCAAGAUGCAGUCUGGGGUCUGGCUCAAGAUGCAGUCUGGAUUGUGAUAGUGUCCACCACCAGACAGGACAGGCGGUAGACAUACUAGAGUUGCACAGACUUGCUCUGUGUAGGCAAGGGGGUUUCUAUAUGUACAUGCAGGUGUGCACAAGCGAGCUGACAUAUGUACAUUCAUUUCGGUGUGAGCUGGUGAACAUAUGAAUAUGUUAGCGAGCUUGUGUCCAUAUGGAUUAACGUGUGUGUUGCAUAUGUGCGCACUGACAGGCAUGUCGGUGAUUAUAUUCUGUUGGCCCGUCAUAUGUAAGUAAUAUGUACCGUUGUUCUUCCUGACCAUGUGCUUGACCUCAGGGCGGGGCGAGCACCGGGACCCGAAGAUGCGCUCUUAUUGUGACAUUGAUCAUGUUCAAAUGUAUGUGUAUGUGUGUAUAUAUAUAAUAUAUAUAUAUAUAUAUGCAAUGGUACUGUUCUCAACAUGUACUAAAUCCAAAAAUACGUAAAUGUAGCAUUCUUUGUGUCAGUGAAACAUACUUCUGUAUGUGUCAAUGGAACACUUGUGUCAGUGUGUGACAUCUUUGUGACAAUGGAAUGUGCCAAUGGUACGUACUUCUUGCCAGGAGGGCUGACGUCAGGAUCUCAGGGAACAAAUGUGUAAAUAAAUGUAUAUUAUAUAUAACUGUUUAAAAGCAUA